CCUCUGUGACCCUUUGUUUUCAUUUUCUAUUUUUGCCAUUUUCUCUACAUAUUCGAUCUCUGAAAACCCUAGAAAAAGCUCACACCUUUACUCUGGUUUUCUGCUUUCUAAUCUCCAAGCUUUCUACUGAGCUCAUUUUCUUUCUAGGGUCUUCACGAUAAGCAGAGUUUUCCUUCAAAAACCAGUUUGCAGAAUAUGGAGGGGAUAAUGAUCGUCCGGAGGAAAGCAUGCAAGAGGGUUUUGGAGGAAGACGACGGAGACGUCGAAACGAAGGUAUACCGGUUUAAAGUUCUGUUACCCAACGGGACUAGCGUGGAGUUGACGUUUCGUGAUCCCCAGCCGGAGAUUGCAUUUGGUGAGUUCAUUGAGCGGGUAAAAGACGAGUACAAUGUUGCUAAGCGACAGUCUGAGUCAAUGAGGAAGAAGAGAACGAUUAACUGGAAUGGCGAGAGACUGUAUCUGGAGGAUGCGAAUGACAGAAAGAUGAGUACAAGAAUUGAUUUUGGGUAUUUCAAGCCGCAUAAACGCCAUAUUCUACGGCUUCAUGAUGGGACUGGAGAGAUUGUCAAUACUUUUGAGAACAUGUGGGAUUUGACGCCCGAUACUGACUUGCUACUGGAACUCCCGGAAGAGUACACCUUUGAAACUGCGCUAGCAGAUUUGAUAGAUAAUUCAUUGCAAGCUGUGUGGUUAAUUGGUGAAAAUGAUAGGAGAUUGAUUAGUGUGGAUAUUCUUCCGGAUAGGAUUUUGAUUUUUGAUACUGGCAUUGGAAUGGACAGCACUGAGGAAAAUUCUAUUGCAAAGUGGGGAAAGAUGGGGGCCUCCCUUCACAGAUUAUCUAAAAUUAAGGGGAUAGGGGACGAACCCCCAUACUUAAUGCCCUUUUUUGGCAUGUUUGGAUAUGGAGGACCUAUUGCAUCUAUGCAUUUAGGGAGGCAUGCUAUUGUUUCCUCCAAGACAAAAGAAUCUAACAAAGUUUACACAUUACAUCUUGAAAGAGAGGCUUUACUUGGUAGUACUGGUUCUGAACUUACUUGGAGGACAAAAGGCGGAAUGAGAAAUCCUUACAAAGAGGAAUCUGGAAAAUCACCUCAUGGAAGCUUUACAAAGGUUGAGAUAUUGAAGCCUAGAGUGAAAGAGUUGGACGUAUUUAAACUGCAAUGCAGACUUAAGGACAUUUAUUUCCCCUAUAUUCAGUGUGAUGAGUUGUCUGAGGGAAAGACCACUACACCUGUUGAAUUCCAGGUGGAUAACACUGAUUUAGCAGAAAUUGAUGGUGGAGAAGUUGCAAUUACUAAUUUGCUAUCUUGUAAUGGUCCUGCAUUUACUAUCAAGCUUCAUUUUUCCUUUAGAAGUCCAGGUCCAAAGACAAUCCGAGUGGCAAAUGCACGCCUCAAGUGCAUUUAUUUUCCCAUUGUUCAGGGAAAGGAGAAUAUUGAGAAUAUUUUGGAGAGGUUGAAAGAUGAAGGAUGUGAAACUGGAGAAAAUUUUGAAAGCUUUAGCCGUGUCUCUAUUCGGAGACUUGGUCGUCUACUUCCCGAUGCUCGCUGGCCAUUGCUUCCUUUUAUGGAUUUGAGGCAGAAAAAGGGGGAAAAGUCCCAACUAUUGAGGAGAUGUUGCUUACGAGCUAAGUGCUUUAUUGAGACUGAUGGAGGUUUUAAUCCUACUACUUCAAAGACUGAUCUUGCACGCCAUAGUCCAUUGACUACUGCUCUGAAGAACAUAGGCAGUAGGACUCAGGAGAAAGAUGUAAGUGUUGAAAUUUAUAGAAAUGGAAAAUUAUUAACUCCAUUGCAACUGGAAAAGGAGUAUCAAGAUUGGCUUCUUCAGAUGCAUGAUCAUUAUGAUGAAGAAACUGGCGCUGGUGGGGACCAGCCUGUUCUUGUUGCUGGUCUGAGAAACAAAAAAGCACUCGGCAUUUCUCAAGAUGUUGUAAGGGUUCAUAAAAUUCUAAAGAGGCGAGGAGUAUCAUGGACACAGGGCCAGAAAAUUAAAAUUCUUAAGGGAGCAUGUGCUGGAGUAUAUAAGAACAAUAUCUAUGCGACAUUGGAAUAUUUUUUGAUUGAAGGGUUUGAGGGGGAUGCUGGUGGGGAGGCUCGAAUUAUAUGCAGGCCUAUAAAUGUUGCAGAUGGUAAUGGCUGUCUGCUCUCUGUAAAUGAUGAAAAUGUCAGUUUAGAUAUUCAAAGCUCUCUGUCUGUGCCAAUUAGUGUGGUUGAUUCUGGAAAGUGUCUAGUGGUUGAUGAUACUUCUUGGGAGUGCCAACUUGAGAAGGAACGUCAGAAAACACCCUCAGCUAUCGACUUGCUGAGUGCAAAGCACUGUAAAGAGUUGGGGAUCGAUGGGGCUCUACCCAUUGAUGAUGCUACUGUUUGUGCUGGACUUACUCCUCCUAAUGAAAUUGUUGCUGUUGUUCGUCCAGCAAGUUUCACUACAUCUAGUGCUUCAAAGUACCUAGAUCAAAAGAACAUUAUAAAGCAUAAUUUGAACAUGUCAAUGAAUAUCUGUUUUAAAGAUUAUAAGAAAAAUUCCGAAGACACUCAUCUUCAGUCGAAAUGUAUAAGACCUUCAUCCCGGAAAGGUUUUGAUGGUCUAUACAUCUUUACAUUAGGUUCCAAGUCACCUAACUUGUUUGAAAAAGCUGGUGUUUACAAGUUUUCAUUCUCUAUUAUUGAUUCAAAUUGCAAAAGCUAUGAGAAAAGGCUGGCAGUUGUUGGCUCACCUAAAGUUGGAAAGUGGGAGCUCUUGGGUGAUGAAUCGAGUCUGUACAGGAUAAGUGUUGGUUUGUCUUCUCAACCAUUCUCUGUUGCAUGUUAUGACAUCUUUUACGAUCGGAUUCCCUUCUCCUCCAUCCUGGACUUGAUCAAAAUUUGUACGAUGGAGGUUUUGCUUAUUGAUGUACCCAAGAUGAAGGUAGAGCUUUCUCCAGAUAAAAUGAUUCUUAAGAUUAAGGAUGUCAUGACAAUAUCUGACCAGUUGGAUUUGAUACGGCCGAAUUAUGAAGCAAGCUUACUUAUAUGUCCAAAAAAUGACUCAGCAUUUGUUUCCAUUCCAUGUCAAGUUAUGCCUGGAAAUCUCUGCCGAAUUACAGCCUAUCCACCAAAACUUGGCUAUAAGUUGCUGCCUGGUUCCACAAUUAAGCAGCUUAAACUAGAGGUGUUUGAUAUAUAUGGAAAUCAUGUUAUACAAGGCUUGGAAGUUCAAAUCAAGGUGGAUGGAUUUUGUAUCCAAGGUCAAGUAGACUCAAAGCAUAAGGUGAAUGAUCAGGGAUGCAUUGACCUUGGUGGUCUGCUGACAGUGACGGCAGGAUUUGGAAAAACAGUAUCACUAUCUGUUUUAUCUGAAAAUGAAGUAGUUUUCCAGCAAGAUUUUGAAACUGAGGAAAGGCAGCUAAGAGUUGCAUCAAGGGUGCCCGACCAUUGUACUGCUGGUUCAAAACUGGAAAAUCUAGUUUUUGAAGUUGUUAACUCCAAAGGUGUUACUGAUAGGACCAUUCACGAUGAUGAGCAAUUUGGUCAAUACCAUACCCUCACUUUAAAGUCAGAUUAUUUUAAGGCAGAGGAUACAAUCCGGUAUGCAUUUGUGCAGGGCUGCUGUGUUGUCCCCUCUAUUGCCAUUCCUCAAAUUGAAGGGCCCUUUCACUUUAUAGCAUGUCACUCUCGUUACACAGAGCUCCAUCUUAGUAUUCAGGUCUUGGUUAAUCGUGCACCUAAAGGGGAGUCUUAUGAGAUUGAGUCUCCAUGUUCAAAUGGGAAAAUCUUGCUCCUGCAGCACACAGCUUCCGUUAAAAAGGGGCUGUGGGAUGAACUAGGAAAGUAUGGUGAGCGAAUUGGAAAAUAUGAAGACAUGAGGAAAAUCCUGGACAGCAGGAAGGAAAGUAUUGAGCAAGGCAUGUCUUUGUUGCCUGUAACUCCGCAACCAGAUUUAUUGAAGGGUCUCGACUGCCUGUUUACAGAAGAGGAAAUGAUUAAAAGGAUUAAGAAGAGAGCUCAUUCUGCAGCUGCAGUUAUUUGCAGUGUUUCUCAAGAAUUCCCAAUUGAAAAUUCACAAAUUCAUUGCAUGGGAGAUGUGAUUGGUGUGGUUGCUCUUCUUGGAAAAGUUGGCACCAAUGCACUUAGCAGGAUAUUAGCGGAGUUCUUGGGUGAAGAGCAAAUGCUAGCUGUGGUGUGCAAGUCCCUUGCGGCCACAGAUAAUCUUGAGAAGCAUGCACAGAAUGGACAAGUUGAUCUCGAAUAUGGUCUCCAUGCAAGAGCUGCUGCACUUGGAAAGUCUAUAAAUGGCAGAUUCCUUGUGCUUUGCCUUGAGGGUAUAAGGCCCUACAGUGGACAGUUCAAAGAUGCUGGUCCUCAGAGGAAGCUAGCUUUGCCUGAUCCUUUACUGCCAACUGGAAAUACUCCAGCUGGUUUUAUGGGCUAUGCUGUUAACAUAAUCGACCCAGACCUAAGAACAAGUGCUGCAGGACAUCCUUUGAGGGAAACUCUCUUCUAUAGGUUGUUUGGUGAGCUCCAAGUCUAUGACACCAGGGAACACAUGAAAGAAGCUCUAGCUUAUAUAAAACACAGUGCUGUAUCCCUGGAUGGAGGAAUUUUGAGGGAGAAUGGAGCCAUAUCUCUUGGGUAUUGCAAUCCUGAAAUAUGUUUCCCAGUUGACAUGCAACUUUCCCCAGAAAACAAGUUGGUCUUGAAACGUCUUCAACAGGUUUACCACCACAUAGAAGAUGUUGACAGAAACCAUGAGAAAGUUCUCAAGAGGUUCAACAAGACGAAAAAGAAGCUUCAAGAGCUAAUGGAUCUCGACGAGCCUCAACUGAAUAACUAUUACCUGGAAUACCAUCCCAUCCUGAAAAACAAUUGAAACACUGCUAGGUUCUUGAGAGUUAUGCUGUUGCCCAUGCCUGCAUGGUGGUUAUAGGUAGACAGGCAAGAUUUAUAGUGUCAAAUCUCACUGAAAUGACCUAUUUCCCCUACAGCUGGAAUAUUUAGAGACAACUUCAUUUAUCUGAGUUUGCAUUCAUAUGAUUAUGUACGAUUAUGUACUCAUCUGAAUUUCUGGGUGUAAUUAGUUUUUGAUAUAAUUUAUAACAUGACCUUAUGGCAGGUGCUGACUCCAUUUA